CCGCUACCGACGCGGUUUAACGAGGGAAUGUUUUUCUGUCGUGUGAGGAUAACGAGCCCAGCGGACCCGAGUCUCCGGCAACAGACCCGUCGACCGACGGCCACGGAGCCGAGAAACACGAGCAGCUGCUCCGCAGAAGACUUCUGGGUUUUAACCGCGGCCACCGGAGACGAGCUGUCUCCUGUUCUUCUCCUCUGCGUCGUUCGUUCGUUUGUUUGUUUGCCUUCGCCGGACUGGUGGGAGUUGAGAUCGGUGGAUUAACACACGCCGAAGACUCCGCUGUGAUAUCGAGCUCAAGUGUCACAUUUGUGGAUUAACUUUACUUUGGUGCGCACACUAGCGUCUGUGUUUCUCGGCGUGCUGUUUGGAGUUGGGAUUUAUUUUUUUUUGUAUGCGAGUCCGGACAAGAGACCAACGGACACUUGUUGAAAUACAACAUCUCGGGAGCCUUGCUAACGCUAGCAGCGAGAGUUAGCCGCCACGGCUAAUAACUUUCUCUUAAAAACAAAACAAACAAAAAAACCGGGAGACAAGUUGCUUCUGAUACGCGUCCGAUGAACGGUUGACCGAUGUCAACGCGUCAGCGAGGCGGCGAAGCGCGUUCGUCCGACAAACCAAUCCAUUGAGAUGACACUGACAGCGGCUUAGCUAACUCGGCUAGCUGCCGCGGCUAGUUUACUCUGGAUUCCCGCAGCGGUUCACCUGUUAGCAAUGACGGCUAAUGGUAUGCUAGCGCUACAUUCAAACAAGUGGUUCGCUGGAUAACCUCAAUAUGAAGUUGCACUGUGCAGUUAACUCAUUUUAACCGACACCUCGCUCGGUUGGAAAGUAAAUUGCGACCACACAACUGGCACCGGCUUCAUUUACUUCGCUCUCCGGUUACAAGACAACUUUUAUUUAGGGUUAGCUUAGCUGAAUUAGCCUAGCCGCGUUAGCUAACGGCACUAGCUCGGCUUACAGUAAUUAACUGGUAGUGGGUUGCUCUCUGAAACUACUUUCGCUUCGUCGAACUUCGUAUUUGUUUUAUAAACGGCGAUGUGCUCACUCAACGACGUUGGACAGUAAAACUCCCAGCGCCGAACAGCACUUUUUCUUUAACCCUUCCAACACCACAAGUAGCCGAAGUUGUGAAACUGCGGCCCGCAUCAUGUCCGGCUCCCCGGGCACAGGUGGCUCAAACCCCCGGAAGUUCAGCGAGAAGAUAGCGCUGCACAACCAGAAGCAGGCAGAGGAGACGCGGGCCUUUGAGCAGCUGAUGACAGACCUCACUGUUUCACGGGUGCAGUUUCAGAAGGACCAGCAGCUCCGUUUGACCCAGUCCCGGGCGCAGUACUACGGCUCCCUGCCCAAUGUCAACCAGAUCGGCAACGCCGCCACUGAGUUCCAGGGCGGCUUUCCGUCCGGACUGGACUCGGCCAGAGGGACCCGCCACCACGGGCUGGUGGAGAGGGUCCACAGGGACCGCAACCGCAUCAACUCCCCCCACCGCCGACCCGUCGACAAGCACGGACGGCAGAUAGAAAGCUCCCCGUACGGAGCGGUGUACCUGUCCCCACCUCUGGACAACAACUGGAGAAGAACCAACUCCGACUCGGCUCUCCACACGAGCGCCAUGAACCCGAACCCCCAGGAUCCCUUUGGCAUGAACCAGCAGAUGGGUCAAGGUCUCCUCCAGCGCAAUGGCUGGAAUGCGGCGAGCGUAAACGAGGCGGAGGUCGACGGCUCUGGAAAUGUGUUCUCCUUCCCCGCCCCGACCAACGAGGACAGUCUGAUCGGCGUCAGUAAGCCGCUGCCCAAGCAGCUGUGGGAGGCCAAGAAGGUCCAGUCUCUGGCAUCAAGGCCUAAAUCUUGUGAAGUGCCUGGAAUCAAUAUAUUCCCGUCCCCGGAGCAGAACCCGGGCCUGUCCCACUACCAGGGCCUGCUGAACACCAGCGGCUCCCUGCCCGACCUCAGCAACCUGCACUUCGCCUCGCCGCUCUCCACGCCGCUCGACCCGGAGGACAACGGGGGCUUCUCCCACCUGAGCGGGGGCAGCAGCACCGGGAACCUGCCGGCCGCCAUGAUGCACCUCGGCAUCGGACAGUCACAGGGUCUGUCCUCGUCUCUGAGCAACCCCUCCAUCCAGGUGUCCCUCAACAACUGCCAGCUGCAGUCGUCGCUCAGCAACCCGUCCAUCAACUCGUCCUUGCGUCUGUCCAGCAACUCCCCCCGGCGGCGGCCGGCUCCCAUCAGCCCCCUCACCCUGUCCCCUGGCACUGAGCAGCGCAGGGCUUUGUCCAAGCAGAUGUCUCCCACCAUGUCCCCCUCGCUGUCCCCCAUCACGCAGGGAGUUGCUUUGGAUACCAGCAACAUGCCCAGGGAGCCGCCGCCCCCCUAUCCGCUGUACCAGCAAGCCCAGCAUGCAGCGGACCACAGCCGGCAACAGCAGCAGCAACAGCAGCAGCAACAGCAGCAACACCAGCAACAGCAGCAGCAGCAGCAACAGCAGCAACAGCAGCAACAACAGCAACAACAUCAUCAGCAACAACAACAUCACCAGCAACAGCAGCAGCAACAUCAUCACCAGCAGCAGCAGCAGCAACAUCAUCAACAGCAGCAGCAGCAACAACAACAUCAUCAACAGCAGCAGCAGCAGCAACAACAACAACAACAUCACCAGCAGCAGCAGCCUCUUUCUCCUCUGGACUUCAACACGAGUCAAAUCAACAACAUGGCGGCACUCUUCAACGACCCCUUCAUGGAGCAACAGUUUUCCAAUCGCCAGACCAAGACCCACCCCUAUCAGUUGGACCAGUUUGCCCUGUUGGAGAACGCCAUGAGCUCCACGGCGGGGGGCUCCUUCUUCGACCCUUCCCCCUCUCUGCUGUACUACUCCCAGGCCACCCUCUCGGGGCUGAGCGGCAGCCUGCAGGACCCGAUGCACAUGAGGUCCAACAUGCUGUACCCCAACUGCAGCGGAGGACUGCCCAACAUCAUACUCACAGAUGACUCCAACCCCAACCUGUCGAAGGACAUCAGCAGCGCGCUCUCCACGGUGCCCGAGUGCUUCGACUCGGAGGGCUGCUUCCCGCUGGAGGACGAGCUGCGCAUCGAGCCCCUGAGCCUGGACGGCCUGAGCAUGCUCAGCGACCCCGACAUGGUGCUGCCCGACCCGUCGGUGGAGGACUCCUUCCGCAGCGACCGGCUGUAGUGCACGCACUACCAUUCAUUCAAAUGUGAAAGACGCCGUGAACAAACGCUAUUUACACGCUGAGGUCCUCUCAUGAUGCUCAAGACGUUGUCAAAGGAGGCGGAUCGAUGCAGUUUCAGUUUCAACCCCCCCCCCCACCACCACCACCCCCACCACCUCUAACCAAGAAGACUCAGACAAACAUGUGAGACUGAAUCUUACUUCUCUCUCUCUCCCUCACCAGCUCACAGCCCCCUGAAGCCAUGGUAACCUAAUUUCCAUGGUUACAUGCCGUAGCAACCCCCCGUUGCUCUGCAGAAACAGACCGGCACGAACUUUACUGACAACACAUCUGCCUGACAUGUGUCUGUUUAUUUAACAUCUGGCACCUCAGGAGCAGCGAUCUGUGUCUGUGGUAAAACAUCUGGCGCCUGGGAGCAGCGAUCUGUGUCUGUGGUAAAACAUCUGGCGCCUGGGAGCAGUGAUCUGUGUCUGUGGUAAAACAUCUGGCGCCUGGGAGCAGUGAUCUGUGUCUGUGGUAAAACAUCUGGCGCCUGGGAGCAGCGAUCUGUGUCUGUGGUAAAACAUCUGGCGCCUGGGAGCAGUGAUCUGUGUCUGUGGUAAAACAUCUGGCGCCUGGGAGCAGUGAUCUGUGUCUGUGGUAAAACAUCUGGCGCCUGGGAGCAGUGAUCUGUGUCUGUGGUAAAACAUCUGGCGCCUGGGAGCAGCGAUCUGUGAAGUAAAAGCCAGCUGUUUUGACGUGGUUACUUCAAGCUCUUGAACAAUCGUGGUAGAAAUGAAGACUAAAGAGAUGACAGCUUUUGCUUGAAAUAUAUUUCUGUAUAUUUCUACAUAUGGUAUCAGAUUAUUUUUUAGAUGUUUGCCUCAGAUGUUUAUGUACAUGUAUGUGCAUAUAUACAAUAUAUUAUAUACAUAGAUCUAUAUAUAAAUAAAUAUAUAUAUACAACCCUCAAUUUCAGUCAGAUUAGAAUGUGUUUUCAAACAAAAAGGGCAAACUGUUUACAAGAUGAGAUUGUAAUAAGUAAAUAUUACUUAAGAAUAUAGAUUUUUGAUUGAAUUUCUAAUCAAGAGAUUAAAUACUAAGAUAUUUUAAAUAAAUGCUAUAUUUUCCCUUGAGAUUUGGUUGGAAGCUCCUCGGUCCACCGGCAGAAUAGAAGCACUGGGACGGCCUCGAAAUCCAUCGAAAACAAAAAGUCAAAUUUGUAUUUAUUUUUUUAGGUGUACAUUCAUUGCGGACCUCCUUAUUUUACAUUUUGUACCGACUCGUAAUGGCGCUUUUAUUGUAUUUUUGAAAUGUUGUGAAUAAGGGCAUGCCCCCCCCCCCCCCCCCCCAUGUGAACAUGUGGACAUCGGACAUCAUGUAACGUUGCACUUAGUCUCUUUUGCACUAAUCAGUUCAACCACAUACACAAUGUGGUUGUUUUUUCCUGCGAACCCAAAGAAGUCGAGAGAAGCCAUCAAUAAGAAAAGUGAGUGAACAUUUCGUAACUCGUUCUCAUUUUAAAAAACAAACAGCAGCAGGUGUUUAGUUUUGAUAUGUUAGAAAAUGUAUGUUUUGUAUUCUCUCAUGACGACAUGUUUUUGCAAAGAGCUCCUAUUAUGUAACGACUCAGCCCUGCGCGGGGUGAGCGCCCCCUAGUGUCCGUUCAUACCCAGUCAGAUCCUCUUCUACAUAUAUAGUUAAAGCUAUGCAACUCUUUCAAUCAAGUGCAACCUGUUGAACAGGUCAUGCAAUUAUUUUUUUAUUUGCGAACGUGGGAGGAGUCAAAUGAUCCCUGAAUCGCAGUAUUACAUGUGUCCAGUGUCCACGGUGGGAGUCAACAAGAGCAGGUUUAUACCGAAAAACUAUUUAAAGGAACUUGUGCAAAGUUGUUUUGUUUUUUUGUUUUUUUUGUCAACUGCAUGCAAAAAAAUGGUGGCACUUGUUUUUCUUUUAUUUCUGGGCUGAAGCUGCACUGACGCAGUUAUACGUGGACUAUGAAAUGAAGUUUAUAUUCAGUCUCACCUGUUUGGCUUUGUUUCCCUUCUUUGGGCCUCUGGUUUGCUCUUAAAGACACUUUGCAGUUUAGUUUCCCUUUUUGCUUUGUUUCCUGCUGUGUAAACGUUUGCCUUCUGCUGCCUUACUUUAUUAUUUUGUGACUUUUCAUAUUCCAGCAGUGACCUGCAUCAUAAAGUAGAAUCUCAAACUGCUUCUAACCGCCCGUCCUUAGUCUCACUCUUUGUUUUGUUACUAUUUUAGUUGCGUAUUAAAUGUACAGUUAUUUAAAUAUAUUUUUGUCCUUUUCUUUAGGUGUAAUGUCAUUUGAUAUAGAUAUACAAAUGUUAUGAUGUAUCUCAUAGUGCUUCUUUUCUGAUUGAAUAUCCAAUAAACCCUGUACUGUGUUGAA